AUGCCAGUCUUUGACCUGAAGAAGAACCUCGUCUUCGUAAUGGCGCCCGGCACCAACACACCCACCCUGCCCAUCCGCCAGCACCCGCUCCUGACGCGUCUCAACCUCCCGUUAAACCUAGGCACCAUCGCCGCGGCCACGUACUCGACGCUAUACCUCAUGCUCUCGCCCAACCUCGCCGGCGUCACCGUCACCCCCAUAAUCCUCGCCUUCGCGUCCCUCUCCAACCGCCUCACGCAGCGCUACAACAAGACCAAAGUCAACAGUAUUGCCGGCGCCAUUCAUGUCGUGAGCUGGAUACUACAAUUCGUAGGACACGGAAAAUUUGAGGGAAGGAAACCGGCUUUGCUGGACAAUUUGGUCCAAGCCCUGUUUCUGGCACCGCUGUUCGUGUGGUACGAGAUCUUGUUCAAGAUGGGGCUCUACAAGAACCUGAGGAGGGAAGUCGACAUGGGUAUUGAGGUCGAAAUUGCCAAGAUGAAGGCGAAGAAAGCUGGGAAGGGUAAGGGCAAGGAGACUGUGAUGGAUGAUGUGAUUGAUAUUGUGGACAACGAGAAGGAGAGCAGUGAUGAAACUUAA